AUGAGCUCGUCCCUGGGCCAGAGUAUCGCGGCCACCCUACCAAAGUUCGUGGUUCAGACGCUCCAAGGAUCCUCCGGAGAGCCCAGUCAGUGCGUGACCACCGCGGGAGAGGAGGGCGUCUGCCUGAUGGCCAAGACGUGCCAGAAGCAGGGAGGACUCGGGAUCGGACGCUGCUCGGACCGACCGGACGUGGACAACGUGGUGUCCUGCGGCGCGGAAGUGAGCCAAGAGGACGUGGUGUUCCGGAACGCCGACUACCCGAGCAACCAGGCGCUCUUCGGCCAGUGCAAGAUCACUGUGAAUGCCAAGCCGGACAUCUGCCAGCUCAGGCUCGACUUCCAAGAGUUCGUGCUCUCGCCGCCCGAAACGUGCGGUCCCCGGGCCGGAUUCUGCGUCGACGAUGCCUUCAGCGUGUCCGCUGGCGUCGAGUCCGCCAGUUACCCCGCACUUUGCGGUCAGAACAGCGGACAACACAUGUACGUUGACAUGAGCCAGGCCAAGCAGGCCUAUCUGUCUGUGAGGCUGAACACCAAGUCUGACAUGGACCGUCGCUGGAGCAUCCGGAUUACUCAGAUCUCGUGCUGGAGCCCUGGCCUCGCUCCCGAGGGUUGUCUUCAGUAUCACACCAAGGCGUCGGACGUGAUCAGCAGCUUCAACUUUGUUCGCAAUCCGACUGGGUUCCACUACUUCGCCGGCCUGCAUUACACCAUCUGCAUCCGUAGGCAGCUGGGAUUCUGCUCUAUCAUCUACCGGGAGAACGGCUUCAACGGCUUCCGGCUGAGUCCGCUGGUGAACCAGCAAUGCAAGGACGCUUACCUGCUCAUCCCCACCGGAUCUCUGGGAUCGGUCGCCAACGGUAACCUCGGUGAUCGUUUCUGCGGUGUCCGACUUGCCGGAAACAGCGUUGCUUCCGACCUUGCUCCCUUCCGCGUCUCCUUCGUCACGGCCCCACGUAUCGGCUAUGCCGAGUGCCCCUGCCGGCCAGCGACCGUGAUCCUGCCCCCCGGAACAUCCGUCGUCGUCCCGACGGUCGUCGAUAAGCCGACCAGCCAGAACACCGUGGUUGUGGGCAACGCCCUCGUCAAUGGUCCACCGAGCGUGCCGGUCUUCCAACCUGUACCGGCCCAAGUCGUUCAGCCCGCUCCAGUCGUCGUCCAGCCUCUUCCCGUCGUCCCUGUGGUCCCCCAGCCUGCCCCUGUCGUUCCUGUAGUCGCCCAGCCUGUCCCUGUGGUUCCUGUUGUCGCCCAGCCGGCACCUGUUCCUGUGGUUGCCCAGCCGGCACCUGUGGUUCCCGUGGUUGCCCAGCCGGCACCUGUGGUUCCCGUGGUCGCCCAGCCGGCUCCUGUUGUUCCUGUGGUCGCCCAGCCGGCACCUGUUGUUCCUGUGGUCGCCCAGCCGGCACCUGUUCCCGUGGUCUCCCAGCCCGCCCCUGUAGUACCCCUUGCUCAGCCUGCUCCUGUUCCUGUGGUCGCACAGCCUGCCCCUGUGCUUGCCCAGCCUGCCCCUGUGGCUCCCGCGCAAGCUCCUGUCUUUGUCGUCGCCAACAACACGCAGCCCCAGUUUCGCGCGGAGUUCAGGCAGCUUCUGGAUGAGCAGUUCAUCUGCCGUGCUGGAGGCUUCAGCGUGCGUUAUAGCCAGAUUCCCUGUGGAUGCUAG